GUAUAUAAAUCUGGUAGAAGGAUCACAAACACACUGCAAAUCUAAUCUGCUUCCCUUCCUUCCUAUUACGUCUACUGUUUCUCUGUUCCUUCUCUGUUAUACUUCCAUGGCUGAAUUAGUUCUCUACUUUUCAGCUCUUUUCUUCUGUGUCUUCACAACCCUUAUACUCAGAAAAUUAGGAAAGAAAGCUGAUGACACAGCCACACCCUCUAACAUGCCCAAUGGGCCUACAAAGCUACCUAUCAUAGGUAACAUACACAACUUGGUAUCCUCUCAUCCACAUAGAAAAUUAAGAGACCUGGCCUUAAAAUAUGGACCCUUGAUGCAUCUCCAACUUGGAGAGGUUUCUACCAUUGUCAUUUCAUCCCCUGAGUGUGCUAAGGAAGUGAUGAAAACCCAUGACAUUAACUUCGCCACAAGGCCUAAAGUCCUGGCCAUUGAUGUACUGAAUUAUAACUGCACAAGCAUCGCUUUUGCUCCUUAUGGAAAUUAUUGGAAGGAGGUAAGAAAAAUUUCCAUGUUGGAGUUCUUAAGCCAAAAACGUGUGAACUCAUACGAGGCAAUAAGAGAAGAGGAACUGUUCAAUCUUGUGAAGUGGAUAGAUGCACAGAAAGGAUCCCUCGUCAACCUCACUGAAGCUGUACUUUCAUUCAUUUAUACAAUUGCUUCAAGGGCUGCCUUAGGUAAGAAAUUCAAAGACCAUGACAACUUUAUAUCAGUUAUUACAAAAUUAACCAAACUUGCUGGAGGUUUCUACAUCGGAGAUUUUUUUCCUUCUGCUGUUUGGCUGCAACAUGUAACUGGAAUGAGGCAGAAGCUCGAGAGGUUGCAUCAACAGGCUGAUCGGAUAAUGGAAAACAUUAUCAAUGAGGCCAAAGAUUACCAAAGGGAAGCAGCAAAUCUCUUGGAUGUUCUGAUACAGUACGAGAAUGGCAGCAAGCCGGAUUUUUCUUUAACCAGGAAUAACAUGAAGGCAAUAAUUAUGGACAUUUUUGGUGCUGGAGGUGAGACAUCAGCAACAACCAUUGAUUGGGCCAUGGCUGAAAUGAUGAAGAAUUCAAGGGUAAUGAAAAAAGCACAAGAUGAGGUUAGAGAGGUAUUCAACAUGAAAGGAAGGGUCGAUGAAAAUUCUCUGCAUCAACUAAAAUAUUUGAAACUAGUUGUAAAAGAAACCUUAAGAUUGCACCCUCCAACUCCUCUAUUGCUUCCAAGAGAAUGUGGUGAAACAUGUGAGAUUAGUGGCUAUAAGAUACCAGCCAAAAGCAAGGUGAUAGUGAAUGCUUGGGCAAUUGGAAGAGAUUCCAACUACUGGACUGAACCAGAGAGCUUUUUUCCAGAGAGAUUCAUUCACAGCCAUAUUGACUACAAAGGAAAUGACUUUGAGUACAUUCCUUUUGGAGCUGGAAGAAGGAUAUGUCCGGGAAUCACAUUUGCAUCCAGAGUUAUUGAAUUGGCCCUUGCAAGCUUGCUCUAUCACUUUGAUUGGAAGCUUCCAAGUGGAAUGAUAAAUGAAGAUUUGAACAUGACUGAGGACUUUGGAGUCACAGUUCGAAGAAAGCAUCAUCUGUUCUUGCUUGCCUUUCCUUAUCUUCCUCUCUCUGUCCCAUCAAUUUCACAUUAAGCAACAAACCCACCUGUCAUUUUUCGUUUAGUAGAUGCUUUCAGUUUUUAUAUUAGUUUUCAUCAUCAGUAGUAGUUCUUAGACUCUUUAAGUGUUAUUGUAAAAGUAUUCGUGCCAGAUUAAUGAAUUCAAAAGCAUGAAACUUCAGACUUAUACGUCUCA